AUGGGAGGCACCGAAAAACUCCGCAAAGUCUUCGGACUCAAGCCCAAGUCCUCCUCCGCCAACCUUCAACCUCAGCCCAUCACCCCCGACAACUUCAACGACAACGACCUCAACGCCAACGGCAUUUACUCCACCAACGGAGGCUACCAGUCCUACACCCCAAAUGGCUCCUCCGCCUUUGCCUCCAAUAACUAUGGCCAGCCACCUGGAUUGAGUUCCAUUUCUGAGUUGCCAGCAAAUGAUUACGGGAAUGGCUACCCCCAUCAUUCACCAUCGCAUCAGGGACAUGGACACCAGCACAGGAAGUCCCUCCCUGCACAGGCAAGACCCGGUCCGAACCCUCAGUAUCCUCAUGAUCCGAACGCCUACUACCAGCAUCAUGAUCGAAGCAGCGGCAAUCUUUCUCCUCAAGAUGCUGUCCAUCCCCAAAACGGCAGCAGCAAUCGCGACCGCCGCAGCGCCAGCCUCGGUUCCCGCCUAAGUCUGAGCAACUUUGGCAGCACAAGCAGCAACAGCAGUCUCGGGAGAAGCAGCGUAACAACCAUGUCCACCAUGUCCUCCGCCGCCACUUCGCCCGGCCCCGCAUCUCCCCAUCAUCUGUCCCAAUCCCAGCACCCGCACUGCCUAUCUCCGGGCUAUCAACAACAACCAAACUCGCCUCGCUACCCCGGCCAACCUGUUCAUCAGGACCCCCAAGCUCAGCAGCAGCAGCAGCAGCAGCAGCAGCAUGACCAAGCCAAACACCGUAACCCCCUAUCGUCGUCAAGACACAGAACCACAAGCCAACAAUAUCCCCCACAACACAACGUCCUCCACAAACUCAUGCCAUCCGUCCAACCCCCCUACCCCGUUUCCGAGCGCGGUUCUCCCCCUCCCCCUCACUCCCGCUCUUCCCACUCCACAUCCACCUCCACUUCCAACCCUCUACACAACCUACACUCCUUCGCGAACCGCACCUCCUCCCAUUCAGCCCAACCCCAACAACAGUCCCAAUCCCCAACCGCAACCGACAUCCGCCGCACCACCAAACUCCUACGCAGGAUGUUCGAACUCCGUCUCGAGCAAUGGGCACUCACGCACUCGCACGAGUCCGACCAACAUCUUCUUUACGAAAAGCAAAGCCAAGUGGAUGCCGUCCUGGCCGACAUUUUAGGCAACGUGCGGGGUUGGGGGAUCGAACGGGGACGAAACAAGACUUGGACGGAUGACGAGUGGGAGGAUAUUUGUCUUGUGAGGGAUGUGUUGGCUGAGAUGAGUGCACCGUCUGGUGGGCGACCUGGUGGGGGGCAAAUGGGGAUGGGGAUGGGGAUGGGGUAUGGGAUUGGAGGGGGAGGGAGAGGGGGAGUGGGAGGUGUUCCGGUUGAGGUUGAGGUUGGAGGGGGAGGAGGAGGGGAAAGGAGGAGGAGGUGGUGA